GGCCGCGGGGCCUGGCUGGAGAGACCUCAGCCAGAGGGCGGACCGCGAGCUUGACCGCCUGAGGACCCCGCGGGGAUGGGAGCGUCGAAGAGGCAGGAAUCGGCCCCUGUGCUGCUGAUGGCCGGGGCCCCCCAGGAAUCCGUGACGUUCGGGGACGUGGCCGUGGACUUCACCUGGGAGGAGUGGGGGCGCCUGGGCUCCUCUCAGAAGAAGCUGUACCGGGAGGUGAUGCUGGAGAACUACAGGAACCUGGCCUGCCUGGGCCUUGCCUUUUCCAAGCCACACCUGAUCUCCCAGCUGGAGCGAGGAGAAGCAGCCUGGACGCCGGCGGAAGAGAGCCAAAGAGUGGUGUGUGCAGAUUGGAAGAGUAAACCCUCAAACAAGAAGUCAGAUCCCAACAUAGGAAUUUCUGUGGAAGCAUCACCCCAGGAAAAACUCAUAAGUAAUGUGUUCAAUUUGAGAGAAACCUUGGGAUAUAGUACCAGACGAGAGACGCAGCAGAAGAGAAGGGAGAAACCUUAUGAAUGUGGCAAGACCCUCAGUUGGAGGACACAGCGUAUUCAAUGUCAGAGAACUUAUGUUGAAAAGAAACUUUAUGAAUGUAAUGACUGUGGGAAGACCUUCUGCCAGCGCAGUGAUUUCAUUCGACACCAGAGAAUUCAUACUGGAGAGAAACCUUAUGAAUGUAACGAAUGUGGUAAGGCCUUCCAUAGGAAGACAGGCCUUACUGAACAUCAGAAAACUCAUACUGGAGAGAAACCUUAUAAAUGUAAUGAAUGUGGGAAGGCCUUCUACAGGAGCACACACCUUACUCGGCAUCAGAGAAUUCAUGCUGGAUUGAAGCCUUUUGAAUGUAAGGAAUGUGGGAAGGCUUUCCAUUGGAGGACAGGCCUUAGUGAACAUCAGAAAAUUCAUACUGGAGAGAAACCUUAUGCGUGUAAAGAAUGUGGAAAAGCAUUCUGCCAAAGCACACACCUUACUCGACAUCAGAGAAUUCAUACUGGAGAAAAACCUUAUGAAUGUAAGGAAUGUGGGAAGGCAUUCUGCCAGAACACACAACUUACUCAACAUCAAAGAAUUCAUACUGGAGAGAAACCUUAUAUAUGCCAUGAAUGUGGGAAGACCUUCCAUUGGAACAUACAGCUGACUCAACAUCUGAGAAUUCAUUCGGGAGAAAAACCUUACAAAUGUAAUGAGUGUGGGAAAGCCUUCUGCCAAAGCAGAGAAUUCAUUCGACACCAGAGAGUUCACACCGGAGAGAAACCUUUUGAAUGUAAUGAAUGUGGGAAGGCUUUCCGCCAGAGCACACACCUGACUGAACACCAGAGAAUUCAUUCUGGAGAGAAACCUUAUGAAUGUCGUGAGUGUGGGAAAGCCUUUCAUUGGCGGAUAGGACUUACUCAGCAUCAGAGAGUUCAUACUGGAGAGAAACCUUAUAAAUGUAACAAAUGUGGGAAGACCUUCCGUUGGAGCACACAACUUACUAAACACCAGACAGCUCAUAUUUGAGAGGACUUUGUGGAUUUCAUUAACGUGGAAAGCUCUUCUGCCAAAGUACACACCUUACUAGACGUGAGGAAAUUUGUAUCAGAGAGAAACAACUUUUUUAGAAUCACAAGUGGAAGGGACCUCAGUAACCAUCUAGGCUAGUCCAGAUGUGUAAAAGGACGAGUUAUUCCUCUGUACCAUUCCCAACAAGCAGUCAUCCAGCUUGAUAGAAGAAUUCUAAUGUGGGGGUACCCACAAACUCCCAAAUUACUUUUCUCUUUGGAUCUAAUUGUUAGGAAGUUUUCCCCCAAUAUCCCAUCUAAAUUUGCCUCCCCCCACCAAAUUCCAGCAAUUCCUCUUCAGCUCUUCUGGGACCAAGAAAAACAAGGCUAAUUUUCAGUCUCUAUGUCAGCCCUUCAAAUGCUUGAUGAUAGUUUGCAUGUCCUCCCUAGAAAUAUUGUCUUCUCUAGGCUAAAAAUCCCCAGUCCUUUAAACUAGUCAUUAUAUAGCAUGAACACAAAGCACUUCACUAUCCUGGUUGCCCUCUUGCAAACACUGUAGGUUAUCCUUCCUAAACUGCAGUACUAGCAGUGAACACAAUUGUCUGAGUGAGUGAGGUUUGACCACAGAGCAGUUCAGAAGAGGUCUGGCCUUCUUACCUUCAAGUCAAUGCUUGUCUUAAUGUAGUCCAAGGUCAGACGGGUUUUUAGGAGGCAACACUACAUUGUUGACUCAUAGUGAGAUUGCUGUCCACUAAAACACCCAGAUCCUUUUCAGACAAACUUCUAGCUCACAAUCUCCCCUCCAUGUUGUACUAAAGAAGCUGACAUUUUGAAUCCAAGUAUAAGAUAAAUAUUUACAACUGAACUUCAUUUGGAGAGGUUAGCUAUCAUUCCCAGCUUUGUAUCUACCUAUGAGUACAUUUGUUUUUUCUGAUAGAAUAGAAGCUCUUUGAGAGCAGGAAUUGUUUUGUUUUUGUCUUUAUACCCUUAGC